AUGGCAUCUCUCACGGAGAGCAGCAUGGGCAGUGUGCCCAUUGAAGAGCUGAGAGCCGCAGCGCUGCGACUUGACCAGUACAAGGAACCUAGUCAUGGCGCGCAGGUUGUAUCAGCAGAUGAUCUGAAUGGCCAACAAAGCAUUGCUCAGGACUCCAAUGCGAGCGACGAGGCCGGCAACAGCAAAGGCGCAACUGUGCCCGAAUCAAUCGAGCAACGCAUCCCGAACGACUCGCUACCGAGAGCGAGAGAGCGCCUCCACGCCGCGCCGGUCAGCGCGUCCCCGGUGAAGAUGCCAGCUCUCAGAGAGGGAGAGUGGGUGGAGAUACCAAAGGCUGCUUCCUUCAUGGAAGGAGGUGGCGAUACGCAGCCAUGGGCUUCACAAGCUGUUCUUGAGACGAGCAAGUCAAUGAUUGCAGACGGGCAGACAACUCCACAGAGGCCUCACACAGUCGCAAGCCACACGCCCAAUACGUAUUGCUCCACUGUCGAUGGUCACAUUGAUUUGGGCAUUGAGAAUAUGCCGUCCUUGACUUCACAGGCGGGAUAUGGGUCUUACGGGAGAAACACGGAUAUGGCUGAAUCGGCUGCUGUGGCAGCGUCGCCUACAACCUCACAAGCGGAGAACGACCUCUUGCGGGAAGAUACACAGCCACAGACAGAGGCUCGGACAUCGUCGAGAGACUUUCCAGCUACGCCAGCGCUUGCUGGUCAAAAGCGUGCACGAACUGGAGAGCUACUGACUUCAGUAACAACGAUAAGCAAGACGCCUCACUAUUCACAGUAUUUUCGAGACGGUGAGAAGCCGCCCACUAUGACCAACACACAACUCUUUCGCGCUACAGACAGCUCUCCCUUGUCAGCUCCGCCCAGCGAUCCUAUCUUGUCCCGACCUUCGCCGCAUACCAAUGGUUUCGACAGACCGUCCUCUCCUACGGUGUUCUCGUCACCGGAACUACGUCGUCCGCUUGGGCGUGCAGCUUCACUUGCACAACCCGAACCUAUGACACGAUAUAUCAGCAUGAAAGAGUCGCAGGAAAUGAGGAGACAGCGGAUCGAGGCAGCUAAGUUGAACGGCAAGGAGGGUGAAGUGGAAGACGAGAUUGAUGAAUUUGAAGAUUCAUGGGAUCGUAGGCCGCGACGUGGCAUACCACGUCCUCGUCCUCAUUCCGAGCACCUGUCGAGAGUCACGGCGCCAGCACGAUCAAGCUCUCGCUCUAGAUCAGCUCACGAUGCGAUAGAGAUCAAGGAUACACCCGAUACGUCCAGGAAAGCAAGCGAAUGGAACGACUUUGUGGUCGGCUUUGCGGUAGGCCCGCAGCAAGCCAUCGAGGAUGAGGACGAAGACCAAGAAAUGGCCGAAACCCAAGACCUGCCGGAGGAAUGCAACGUCCAGUUUAGCGAGCGGGACGAUCCUGGAGUCAGCGAUGCCGAACCGGAGGAGCAUGGAGAUGUGGAGAUCGAGGAUGUGGACAACGACGAAUACGAUGAGUUCGGCCAAGGACUACGCAGUCAGGCUGAUGACAUUGCUCAGGAUGACGAUGAUAUGGCGGCAGAAGCUCCGGCGGAGCAAGGAGAUGUUACCAUGGAGGAUGUCGACGACCCUCGCGAAACAGAACAUGCAGCCGUUGAGAAAGUGCAGAGCUCUGCUAGGACAUCGCAACGAUCUGCGGUAGCCAAUUCGCAACCCACGGCAACACAUCCGGACCACCCUUCGGCAUCACAGCAGGCAGUACAAUACUCAUCAUACGUACCUGGCUCACAGCACCAGGGCAGGACCAGUGAAGACACAGCAUUACUCAGAGCUCCUCAUGCCAGCGAGCAAAGCCGAGUUGCCGCCUCGCAACUGCAGACCGAAGAAAGCACUGAGACGAGUGUCAGUGGCAACAGGAUUCCAAGCAGCCCUCCUGUUCAAGUGAACGCGAAUCCUAUCUACGACGAUCAUGUUGAAGCGUCGAAGGGUAGACCCGGUCCUCUGGGGCAUGCUGAGCAAGCAGAGGUUCAGGAAAGCGAUGUGAUCGAGAACGGAGUUUCGGAAUUGCAUUCAGCAAAUGGGCCGGAUGACAGUGUGCCACUAUAUUCGACUGCACGCACGCAUGUAUCUGGCUCGGCACCAUCACCCGCAAGGAACAAAAUGGUCGGUCUAUCGCAGCAGCUGGGACAGAGUCAGCGAAGCAAGUCCACGGACCAGUCGCCCUCCAUUCGUCGUUUUGCAGAUUUCGCUGCAUCAGGGUCGAUGCCAAUGAACCACAGCAUGGGCAUAGACUAUAGCCAGCCAGAUGUUGUGGCCCUCGUGGAUACGCUCUUUACUGCCGAAGACAAACAGGUGCACGACCUAAUGUCAGACGAUCAUGUCGAGACUCCGAGAACUAAGCGAGUCAAGCGGAGCCAUAAGAACUCGUCCAUCACCGCAAUAUCGCCUCACAGGCGUUCAGGAGGCGAGGGCGAGAGCACCGAGAUCAAUGCUCUGCAGGAAAGCGAUGCGGGCGCUGCGUUGACCAUAGAUGGGCCAUUUUCAACAGAGGCAGGAGCUGUUUCCGAGGGGCAGAACAUCGUUGAGGCAGCGUCCGUCGAGUUUGGGAAUGCUCGUUCAAACGCGAUGGAGAGCCGAAGCCCUUCGCCGCCUCCAGCGCUCAUGGACAGUCCAAGCAAAGCGAACCAGAUGUUGGCUGUCUUGACUGACGAUGAGGACGAGAAGACACGCGAAUCGACUACUGAGAGCGUGCGAAUUCGCGAAGAGGCUGGUCGUGCUGCCGUAUCACAGCUUGUGUCUUUGCGAACUUCCACUAAGGGAAAGAAGUCGAAACAGAAGACAUAUUCUCGAGGGUCUCGGCGCAAGUCAGCGAAGUCAGGGGUCCAGGCUUCAGGUAGGACCAGCACGGCCAGAGCGCUCACACCUGUGAGUGGCGAUGAUGAACCUCAUGACAGCGAGCAACAAGCCGCAAGCGAUCAGGGAUCUGCUGCCAUUCCGUCACCGAAUCUGGAGACAACGCCUAUCUCAGCGGAGGAAGGCGAAGGGCAACCUUCAACACAGAGUCGUGCUACGCGUUCGUCAACAUCAUUGGACCUAGUCGGUGCUGGUGCGGAUGUCAUUACCCCAACCACUGAACCAGUAGUCGUCGCUCCAGAACGUGUUUUCGUAUUGUUCAAAGGCACGCCACAGCACUUCUAUCCUGCUACUUGGCUCGGAGCAUCUCCGGAUCACACGACCUACAAGGUCAAGUUUGACGACAACACUGUCACAAAUAUUGAGUACUAUCAUGUCCGCCGUCUCGAGUUGCGCCUCGGUGACGUCGUCAAGGUCGAUGAUGACAAGAAGCGCAAGAAGAAUUGGGUCGUGGUCGGCUUUGGACCGGUCGCAACAACUGACGAGGAGCGUGCGCUAGGUACCGACAUCUAUGGCCACACUCAUGUCAAAGUGCAGCUGAAGGGGGAUCGUGAGAGCCUGUCGAAAUCCACCUCCUCGGAAGCUGCAGACGUGACCCAGACAGUACUGGUUAAUCUCUUGUACUUGACGUUCAUGAUGUGGCACCCCUUCAAAGACCGAGCAUUUGAACCUCCGUCUGAUGCAAUCACGACACGACCCUCAACUCCUACAAGCGCCCGCACCAGUACUCCUUCUGCUGCAGGAUCGCCCUCCUCACGACCUCGGCGAGCCUACGCUCCUUCUGCAAAGACCAAGUCUGCACGUCCGUCCAAUCUGCGAGAGACGUCCCUGGCGUCUUCAUCGGCAACGAGUUCGACUAGUGCCAUCUUUGAUGGUAUGGCGUUUGCCAUCUCUUAUGUCACGCCCGACGAAGAGAAGCAGCAGGUGACGGAUUUGAUCCAGCAACACGGUGGUACUGUUUUGGAGGAGGGUUUCGAAGAACUGUUCGAUCUGCCCGACAUCAACGGCAAAAAUGCGGGCACCCCAUCAAAGAAGUCGCCACGUAGGAAGGAUCACGCGGAAUCAAAUCCUGGUCUCCAACUCAAGAGCAAGUUCAAGGACCUCAAGUUCGCUGCGCUCAUCGCAGAUCGUCACAGCAGACGUGCAAAGUACAUGCAGGCACUGGCUUUAGGUCUACCAACGAUCUCAGGUCGCUGGAUACUGCACUCCUUGGAGAGUACAAAGAACCCCGCUGGAGAUCAGAGCGGACCUUUGCCAUGGGAUCGUUAUCUUCUGCCAGCUGGAGAAAGCACAUACUUGAAUGCUGUACGAUCACGCUCUCUAACUCCUUACGAUGCGGCCACUGCCGUUCUGAGCGACCUUGUCGAGAACCGAAUGCGCCUUCUGAGGAACGAAAGUUUGAUCCUUGUGGCUCCAAAGACUGGCUCCGCGAACAUGGAGAAGCGCAAGACUUUUGCAUUCUUGACACUGGCUUGUGGCGCAGGCCGAGUCAAGCGUGUUUACGACAUAGCAGAGGCGAAGAAACUCACACUCGAUGAUCCUGACACCUGGAAGUGGGUGUACGUCGAUUCUUCUGUGGCCGAAGCUGAGAAGGUUCUCUUUGGUAGGGCUGCAGCUGCAAGCAAGAAGAAGAAACGCGGAAGCGAGGCGAACAAUGUCGCUCCGGAGAAGAUGUCGGCUACGGAUGGAGUUGUGAAGCUUGUCAAUGACGAGUUCGUGAUUCAGAGUCUUAUUCUGGAGGCUUUGGUCGAGUAA